UUAUAAUUGUUCGGUCCUGAUUAUAUCCUGUGUUUUUGCGGAGAGGACUUGAGAACUGUGAAGCACUCGAGAGCGAGCGAAGAGACAAUGGACACGACGAUUUGUGGGAGAUUAGCUCUCGCACCAUCCACUCUCUUCAGUUCCAAAUCAGGUGACAAACAUUCACUCUCUAAAGGACCAUGUUUGAAUCGUGGUGUUCUUAUGACUUUGUCUACAUCCGCCGCAUUGGGUAAAGGAGGUGGUGUCCUGGACAAACCAAUUAUUGAGAAAACCACUCCUGGUCGUGAAUCUGAGUUUGAUUUGAGGAAAUCAAAGAAGAUGGCUCCACCUUACAGGGUGAUACUACACAACGACAACUUCAACAAGAGGGAAUAUGUGGUCCAGGUGUUGAUGAAGGUAAUACCCGGCAUGACUGUAGACAACGCAGUUAACAUUAUGCAAGAAGCCCACAUCAACGGUAUGGCUGUUGUGAUCGUCUGUGCUCAGGCUGAUGCAGAGCAACACUGUAUGCAGCUGCGUGGUAACGGCCUUCUCAGUUCUGUUGAACCCGAUGGUGGAGGCUGCUGAAACUAAUUAAACUCAGUAUAGAUUUUCCCACCUCCCAGGGCUCUCUAUUUUUAGUUAAAAAUUUGUCCUUUAAUGUAUAUAACAUCAGAACUUUGGUACAAGACUGUUACUAUAUGCAAUGAACCUUGCCCCUAUAUAGAUCUGUUGUUGAGUUGAA